UCAUCAUCCAGCUGAUAUGGAGCUCCUCGUAAUCCCCGUCCUGCUGGCGGCCAUGGCCAUUGCCUUGACCUAUCUGGCCUGGACGGCCGCCUCCCGUCGCCGGUGUUCACAGUGCUACCUCCUCGAUUACGUCUGCUACAAACCACCAGACGACCGCAAGGUGACGACGGAUAUGGGGGUCGCACUGGCCGAGCGUAACAAGCGGCUCGGCGCCCCUGAGUUACGCUACCUCUUCCGCCUAACGUCUCGCGCCGGUCUGGGUGAGCAGACCUACCUCCCCUUUGGUCCCUUGGCCGGCCGCGAGAAGUGCCUCACCCAUCAGGACGCGCUCGACGAGAUGGACGCCUUCAUCAUCGACGCCGUCGCCGGUCUCUUCGCCAAUACCCGAUUCGGCCCCCGUGACGUGGACGUGCUCGUGGUCAACGUCAACAUGUUCAACCCGGAGCCUUGCCUUGCCUCGCGGAUCGGGCACCACUACGGAAUGCGCGAGGACGUUGCCGCGUACAAUGUCUCCGGCAUGGGCUGCAGCGCCACGCUCGUCUCUUUGGAUAUCGUCCAGAACGUCAUGCGGGCACGGUCGCCGCGCCCCGUGCUUGCGCUGGUGCUGUCGACGGAGGUGCUCUCGCCUGGAAACUACCAGGGCACGGACAGGUCCAUGAUGCUGGGACUAUGCCUUUUCCGCUGCGGCGGGGCAGCGGCGCUGCUUACCAGCGACCCCGCGCUGGGUGGACGCGCGAAGAUGAAGCUACGUCGCCUCGUGCGUGCCAACGUGGCCGCCAACGACGAUGCGUACUCCGCCAUCUUUCAGCGCGAGGACGCAGACAACAUAACCGGGUUCAGCAUCAACAAGACCCUCCCAAAGGCUGCCGUCCGAGCGUUCGCCGCCAACCUGAAACGCCUCGUCCCUUACGUCCUCCCUGCUAGGGAGCUCCUCCGGCUUGCCGCCAGCUUUACGUGGCAGAAAAUGCUGCGCCGCCAGCGAGUGAAGAUCAAUGUCAACUUAAAGACCGGGGUCGACCAUUUCUGCCUCCACUCAGGCGGGAUUGCGGUCAUCGACGCCGUGAAGAAGAACUUCGGGCUCAAGGAGACAGACGUGGAGCCAUCGAGGAUGACGCUGCACCGCUGGGGAAACACGUCGACCAGCAGCGUCUGGUACGUGCUUGCGUACAUGGAGGCCAAGGGGAGGCUCAAGAGAGGAGACAGGAUGCUCAUGGUGACCUUCGGGUCGGGCUUCAAGUGCAACACUUGCAUGUGGGAUGUGAAUCGCAAUCUGGCGGACAAGGGUGCGUGGGCCGACUCCAUUGACAAAUACCCAAUGGAGAGCACAGCCAACACGUCCCUGGACAAAUACAGCUGGAUUAACGACACUGAUGACGACUCCAUGCUGUUCUAAUACUCGUGGACGCCGCAUAGCAUAAUCCGAAAAAUAAAAGCAUGAACAGUGGAUAACUUCUCUCUGCCAGAGUGUAUUGGGGGUACAAAUACCGGUAAACUAGCGUGGUGUCGGUCGCAACUUGUUCUUGUUCGCGUAUUGAACAUUGGUGAAAUAUAUUUUGUACUCCCUUCUCUCAUAAUGUAACACGUUUUUUGAUAUAAGACAUUUUUU